AUCUCCUCAUUAAAAGUGUCUGUACGUCGUGACGAGCUUUGUGGAUUUACUAACUUUUGCAAGAGAACAGAUCGGCUUGGGUUUUGUACCGCACAAGGAUAAGCCUGCGCUCAUUUUUUCUGUGGAUCUUGCAUCUCCGUUUCCGCAACCGCUGUGGAUUAUAACUCGUACAACAUGACUUUGGAGGAGACGGUGUGUAGCAGCAGCACCGAGAAGAAGAUGGAGAGCGUGAAACAGGCUCUGGAGGAACUGCUGGUGGCGGCUCAGAGGCAGAGCUGUCUGACCGCGGGAGUCUUCGAAUCUGCCAAACUCAUGAAUGUUGACUCGGACAGCAUAGUCCUCUGCAUCCUAGCAACUGACGAGGAGGACGAGGAUGACAUCGCCUUACAGAUCCACUUCACCCUGAUCCAGGCCUUCUGUUGUGACAACGGUAUCAACAUUGUACGUGUGUCCGGCAUGCAGAGGUUGGCCGAGGUGCUGGGCGAAGCUGGCGUGGAAAACAACGCGAAUGAAGCUCGGGACUUGCAUUGCCUGCUGGUCACGAAUCCGCACACGAACGCUUGGAAAAACUCCGCCUUAGAAAAAGUGGGAAGCUACUGCGAAGAAAGCCGCAGCCGGAACCUGUGGGUGCCUUGUGUCUCACUUCAGGAGCGCUGAACGCCACCAAAUCUCCCUUCUGCGCCCAGAAAUGCUUGUGGAAGGGGAGUUGGUUAGCGAUGCAUGUUGAAAUCGGAGGAAGAAAAAAGAGGAGCUGGGAAAGCAUUUGCACAAAAGAACAGAGGAGGUUUUGCUUCUUUGGUUGUGCAACAUGAACACAGCGGCCGGACGUCCUGGCAGAGAGAGAGAGAGACGGAGAGAGGAACCAGGAUAAAGCUCUCGAGGUGCGGAGAGGAGGGCCUGUUCUCCACCCUCCCUCCCAAAACAUCAUCUUCAUCACCAUGCGUGCACAGAGGCAGGAUAGACUGGCAAGGGCCAGCUGUGGCUGUGGGGCCCAGCGGAAUAUUAUUACACAUAACUGGGAAUGUGUCAGUUUAAGUUUUUUUUUUAACUGCGGACUCGUAUGGGACGUCCCGUCAACAAUAAUCCCCGGGUCACGCAUGAACCUGACAGAAAGCUGCAAGAGCCGGAGGAGCACUUGAUUACACGUCAUUGUUUUUUUUUUUAAAAGUUGUGUAACAUGUCUUAUAUGUAUCCAAUAAAGUGCUAUUGUAUGGA